UCACUCGUCCAGUUAGGUCCUGUGCGUCAGGCUUGUUGGUAUAUGCGCACGCACACGCACACGCACACGCACACUCACACUUACACACGCGCAAUCGUUGCAGUUCUCGCCGUCAGGUACGACAUGGUCGACAUCGUGCGCCACGGCCGCCGACCGGAGGCAGCAGCACAAGCGUUGUGGUGAACGCGCCCCCCGCGACACUCUGUGAAGACGACCGCCGUCAGUCGCCACUCAUUCGACGCUGUCGUGUCGUGCUCGUCCAGUCAGUGUGCGAUCGUCCGCCUUUGCCGACGGUACUCGACCGUUGUAGUUGUUAUUGUUGUUGUUGUGGUCGUGUCAGUGUUUGCUCACCGCUCGCGACAACUGCACGAGCGCAGAAAUCACGCGCACCACAAGUCGUCGCUCCGUUUGAUAAUUUUUUUUCGCCGGUCGCCAUCUACCGUCAUCGUCGAUAAAAAUUAUUUCAAUUAUUUUUACGCGACGACUUUUUGAAAAAAGGGGAAAAAAAUUUUUUUCCUUCACCUCGCUCGAGCGUGUGUAGACUUUGAAUUUUUUUUUUGUGCGUUUUCGAUCACGUGCKCCGUUUUCUUUGGAUCACAACGAUAAAUAUUAUUCCAACACAAUACACCUAAAAUAAUAAUAAUAAAAAAAAAACAUUUGCAACAUGGUGCCUAAACAAGAGACGAUUCGCAUCAUCGACUCGUCGGAUAACAAGUUGGCCCUUCCGAUGUUCGGCUCACAACUGGUCGACGAAAACUCGACGACGCCGUACUCCGACGCAACACAGACGAAAAAGAAUAAUCCGAAUCACAUCAAACGACCAAUGAACGCGUUUAUGGUGUGGUCACAGAUUGAGAGACGCAAGAUAUGCAAUGAUCAACCGGACAUGCACAACGCGGAGAUAUCGAAAAAGCUCGGUAUGCUGUGGAAAAAGCUGACCGAUGAACAGCGAAAACCGUUCAUUGAAGAGGCCGAGACACUUAGACUGAUGCACCUAAAAGAGUAUCCGGACUAUAAAUACAGACCACGCAAGAGAACGCCAAAGAACAGUAGUAGUAACACGAACUCGUCCGGAGCGGCCACAAUCGCCAAGACCACCACGUCGGCCGCGGCUCAGUCAAAGUUCCGGAAGAACAUGUGCAAAAAGUUUGGCAACGCUUUGACGACCGUGCCUAGCCGCGUCGCGUGUACACUUAACGCGGGGACAGUGCAACUGCUGGAUAAAAGGAACACACCACUACCAGCGGUGUUGCCGGUGUUGGUCCAAGACAACACCACUUCAUCGUCUUCGUCGUCGUCAAAGACCAUUCUCCGGCGCAACGGUAUCAUACAGGUGAACAGGAUGAGCCCGGUGAACACAGAUCGGCUCAAAUAUCACUUCACGAUCGAUACGGCCAAGGGCAAAAACAGUUCCAAGGAUGCGACCGAGGUGCGCGUGCCCGCCUCAGUAAACGCCAAGGUGCCGACCAGCCCGACGUGCGACACUCCAAACUCGCCGGAGAGCGCCACGUUCUACGACGAAUCGCCGCUGACAUGUUUCGACGUCGUCAAGCCGCUCAAWAUAAAGUUGCUCAACCCGCUCAACACAUCGGCCACAAUCACAGUGUUGGCCGACGUAGACGACGAUGACAACGAGGACGGCGACAACAACUGCGGCACCGCCAACGCCAACGCAAUGUUGCUCAGUCCCGGUUCGGCCGCGUCGCUCAUGUCCGCCCGACAGAUAGACCAGCAGCUCCACCAACACCACCACCAACAGCACAAUCACCUAAACAAUCAGUCGUCGGCCGAUCUGCUCGCCCGAAGCCUGAUGAAGGACGAUCACCUGCUGCUCAAUGCCGAACCAUCGCAUCCGUCGCCGUCCUCGUUGUCUACCGUCGCUCAGUCUUCGUAUUUCUCCGUCAAACAGGAACCGAUGGACUGCGAGUCGGAGACGGCUGCGCUGGGCCGCGUCGGCGAGAAUCCAUCGCUGGCUGACCUCGAGUGCCUGGACGACCUUAUACAGAUGCCGUCCGACUUCAAGAUGGACAUCGACUGCCUGUCAUCCGACAUAGACAACGGCUCYGUCCGGCCGAGCUCGCACCUCGAGUUCUCGUGCCCGUCUGAUAUGACCGACAUACUCUCCCACAUGGGCGUGACCGCUGACUGGGAGGACGUGCGAGGCAUCAUCAACGACUGCUAGAUGCCUCGGGGCAAAUGAGGAGAAGAACGCACCCCUACCGCUAGCCCCCAAAACCGCUCCUCCCCACCGCCACAACCGCCGCCGUCGUCGUUCACCUGUUUUGACCGCCGCCACUACUACCCAAAAACACACAAACACAAAAAAUAUCUAAACGUAUAAAUACAUAAACAUCAAGUUUUCUGCUGUGAUUGGUUAUAAUUUUUAAGUUAAUUUAUUCGUUUUAUUACGUUUUCCUCUUUUUGUCGUAUUAUAUUUUGUUAUAUUUAUUCUACCUAUACGUACGCGUGCAAGUAUGUGUAAGUAUUGUGUGCGCGUAAAUAUUAUAUAUAUUUAUAUGAAAAUCUAUACACCGUGGUUAAAAAAAAAACAAUACUCAUAUAAAACCGACGUGCUUGCGUUUGGAGUAAUAAAUCACACACAUGUAAGUUUUUUAUGUCCGUUUGUUUUUGUAUACGUCUUGUAGGUAUAUA